AGCGACCUCCCACCCAACCAAAACCCAGUGAGUGCUGGUUUCCGGAGAAAGAUGAGUUUUCGGUUCUGGUAGGCCCCUUCAUCGGAUUGGCCGUCCCUGAGGUUUCAAUUUGCAGCUCAAGUGCUUGUUAAUAUGCCGAACUUCUGGUGAGAAGAUACAUUUCAUUUAUACUACUCAAGCUUUUUUGGCUAGAGUUUGAGAGUUGAGACUGUUGAUUAAAUUACCUACUAGGCUUUUUCUCAAUCUCGUGAAUGGCUAUGUCUUCUUUUAGAUAAGUUGGGCCUUUUAAUUAAGUUAAUGAAUUUACCUACGUCUGCUAGGGAAGUUUCUCUGCUCUGAUAUUAAUUGGAGAUUGAGCAUUAUCAGUUAUACUGCUUUCAAUGUGAUUUUGGGCUCAAAAAUGAAAUCUCUGAGUAGUGUAGGUCUUGGUCUGAGUGUAGUUUUUGGCUGUCUUUUGCUGGCUCUUGUAGCUGAGGUUUACUACUUGUUAUGGUGGAAGAAGAGGAUAACCCAUAGAUCGGAGAUUGAAAGUGACUACACUGGCCCUGUAAAAGAGCUAUUCUAUAUGUUUUGUUGGAAAAAGCCAUCCUCUUCGUUGAGGCACACCCAAGAGCUUUACUCUUCUGUGAGAAUCAGUGAAGCCCUUGUUCAUACUGAGCAGGAAGGUCAAGCUCAAGCCCAAGCAAGCAAGGAUUUUCUUUUCAAACCCUAUGGGGAGGAUCAGCAGGACCUGUUUGUUCCUCCAAGGUUCUUGUUCACAAUAGUGGAAGAAACAAAAGAGGAUUUAGAAUCUGAGGAUGGGAAAUCAAGGGGUAAGAGCUUGAAUGAUUUUCUCAUAACGGAGACUCCAUAUUUGACACCUAUGGCUUCCCCAUCUCUUUUCACUCCGCCACUUACUCCUCUCAUGAACACUUCUUAUAACAACCAUCGUGGAGGAUUCAACCCUCUUUUUGAAUCAACGACUGAUGCAGAGUUCAAUAGAAUAAAGUCAUCUCCUCCUCCGAAAUUCAAGUUCUUGCAGGAUGCAGAGGAAAAGCUAAAAAGAAAAUUACAAGAUGAGGGUGGUGAGGAAAAGGUAAAUGAUGCGAAUGGUUCUUUCAUCACCAUUGUUGUGGAUAAGUGAAAGAACAAACAAAUAGAGAGAGCUUAAUUGUUUACAGCUCUCUUUUACUUCAAGCAGGUACUUCUUCCCUUAGCUUCUUGACAUUGAUUAGAAACCAUUUAACAUCAGAGUCCUCUUGCUCGAGUCCUAAUUAGAUUGUGAUGAAUUUCCCCUUUUUUAUGUUGGGGUUUAAUUAGUUUUAUCCCCUUUUGGGUUUUUUUGGGAUGGAGUUAGAGUUUGAUUUGCAGACCCACUAUGGAUUGUAACUGUAUCGUCCAUGUUCAAAAGUUGUGGUCCAGUACACAACAAUUUUCUGCUGAGAAAUGUCUGAAUGGUGGGUCUGAUGAUGCAAACAGGAAAAUUUGUGGGGUUAUUAUUUUUAUAUUGGAAAAAUCUCCGUUUUCCUGAUGUAUCUCUGAUACUGUAAUUAUUUCUUCGCAGUAAAAACAAAAAAAAAAAAAAAAAAAAGA